GAACGUGUGGAUGAUAGGAGAAGGACCGGCGGCCAGCAACCCGUCUACAAGAUCGUCGUCAUCACCGACCCCCUGCAGUCGCCGGUGUUGCCUUCCCCAAGGCAAAGGAUGUGAACCUGAAUGGAAUGAGACCUUUGUGUUCACCGUCUCCGAUGGUGCUACAGAGCUAUUCAUCAAGCUCCUGGAUAGUGACGGUGGCACCAAUGAUGAUUUUGUUGGUGAAGCAACGAUUCUCGUGAUCAAGGUUUCUGAGGAUAGCUUAGUGUGGUUGGAAGCACGCAGCCGUCUUAUAAGAAGCAGAUCCCUUGAUGUAUUACUACAGUUCAUCAGUGACAAGUCCAGAGGCCAGCAUGGAGAGCACAUGAGCCUCAUCCUGCACUUCCAGCUCGGCUAUGGAGUCGCAUCACCCUCUGCCUCCUCCCCAUCAGGCGGCGGCGGCGGAUUCUACCGCAUCGGUGGCAGAUUCGGAGCGCCCUCGCCGUCCACCAGUGCUCCUCCUCAGUACAACUUCAACGGCCUGCGCGUCCUGCUCUCGGACAGUGACGACACCAGCCGGGAGGUGACGCGGAAGCUCCUGGAGACGCUCGGCUGCCAUGUGCUGCCGGUCCCGUCGGCCGCGCACUGCCUCAGCCUUCUACUGGGGAGCGCCACCGCCGGCGGCGAUAAUCCGUCGUUCCAGUUCCCCUACUUGCAACCCCAGGCGGUGCUUCUGGACCUCCACACACCAGCCGCAGCUAGCGUUGACGCCGCCAGUGCGACGGAUGAUGGGUUUGAGGUCGCCCUCAGGAUCCGGGAGGUCACCGGCGACAGGUUCAGCUGGCUGCUCAUACUUGUCGCGCUGCCAUUGCCACCGAGAGCAAGCUGCAUCGACGUCCGCGACGUGUGCAAGCGGACGGGAGUGAAUGGCGUCAUCCACAAACCCAUCACGCUGCCAGCACUGGCAGCUCAGCUUCACAGAGUUGUCCACAAUGACAGCUGA